AUGCCAGAAGGGCAAAAAGCGACCAAUGUCGGUCCUGCCGCUGCUGCUCUAGGCGCCGUGGCCUCGAGCGAUGCGCACGAGAAAGCAUCAUUGGCGAGAGCCAGUGAUGCUCGUAGGGCAGGAGGAAAACCUCAGUUGAAGAAGUUUGCCUAUGGAUUCUGGGACCCGGAGAUGAAACCUUUCCGAAAGAUUGCGCUCAAAAUCCUCGGACCGACCGUUGUCCUCUCCAUCCUCGUCAUGUGGGCUUGUCUUCCGGCUUAUUGGGGAUCAUUAUGGAAGAGCAACCACUUCACCGAUCGUCUGACUGUCCGUGUCAUCGACCGUGAUGGGGGCGAGAUAGGAUCCGCUGUCUCACAGGGACUCCUCCAAAUGAAAAACCUCAAAUUCUUCUCAACUGAUCCGUCCGCCUUCCCUACCAACGAAGAUGUCGCCGAGGAUGUGGUCCAAGAAGGUGUCUGGGCUGCCAUUGUCAUCUCCGAGGGAGCCACAGAGGCUCUGGCACAAGCUCGAAGUAUCGGUAAUUCGUCAUACAACGGUAGCAACGCCAUUACAGUGUAUUAUGCUCAAGCGAGAAACGAAUUGGCGACGGGCAAUUACCUGCAGCCAUACAUCCUCGAGGACCUCGGUAUGAUCACUGGAAGAUUUAAUGCCGAAUCGGUCGCUCAAUACCUCGGACAGAAUGCCGGCAAUGCCACUGCUAUGGAGGCCCUCGCUCGUGCGCCAACGACGGUCGUCAACCCGGUUUACUGGACGCUAGACAAUCUGAGACCCUACAAUCAGCCUGUCGCCACAGCUAUCACGCUCGUGGGACUCAUUUACAUGCUCAUCUUUGCCUUCAUCAUCACCAUGACGAACAAUGCCGUCCGAGAGAUCAUCUCGCCAUUCCUUACGACCAAAUCUUACAUCUUCUAUCGCCUGGCCUCUCCACUCCUCUGCUACCUCCCGAUUUCGUUCCUCUUCGCCAUGGUCAGUUUGCCAUUCAAAGUUCACUUUGGCGCGCAUUUCACCUACGCCGGUGGAUUCUUCUUGUGGGCUUUCACGCUAUUCCUCGGCAUGGCUUCCGUCGGAUUGGCCACAGAGUUCGCAAUCACCAUUCUGGGACCGAAAUUCAUGGCCUUUUUCUUGAUUCCAUUGAUCAUUGUCAACGUCUCGGUCGCCUCUUUGCCUCAUGAGCUGCAGCCUUGGAUCUUCCGAUAUGGCGUUGCCAUGCCCUUCUACAAUGUCGGCAAAGUCGUCAGGACGAUCAUCUUCAACACCAAGAACGAGAUCGCCAUGAACCUCGGAAUCCUUCUCGCUUGGAUUGCUCUAUCCCUCAUAACCAUCCCGCUUGCCGUUUGGCUGUUCCGUCGCAAGGCCGUCAAUGCGCAUCGCAGAGCUGUUGCGGAGAAUGAGUACGAUGUGAACAUGCCAGAUGGGGGUCGUGACAGGUCGAAUCUGACUCCAGCGAAAGUUUGA